AACAACAACAUAUUUUGCUUGGUUAAAGAGAAAUAAUACAUUCACAAGAGAGUUCCCUGAGUCUCUUUGGUAAAAGCUCAUUCAUUAGUUCAGUUCAAGGAUUAGCAUUAACAUUAAAGAUACAACCAACAGAGACAAUUAUGAAAAAAAAUAACGGCCAAAAUGAAGGUAACACACCAAAAACUUAAACCAAUGACACCACUAUUCACUCAGUCACGCAAUAACAAAUUACCAAAAUCGUAAAAUGAGAAAAAUACAAUUCCGCAAUGGCGUUCAUGGCACGAACGGCGAAUCAAACAAGUAACUUUUCCACAAAACAUAACAGCUUAUUGUGAAAGGUGUGUGCAUCAUACCGCAUCGUUGUUUAAUCCAUCAGCCACCAGCAACCACCGGGAUUUCAUUGUUGCCACACAGUGGUGAUGGUGAAGCCCGGUGUUACAAUGGAUACACGUCACGGUGUAUUACUUUUCCUUCUCUUUUGUUGUCUUGCCACGUUUUCUAGCCUCUUGAAUCUUCCUGCGUCUUCAAACGUGUUGGUGACGUGCAGAGGCCAUGUUUUCUCAGCAGCCACAGGACUUAGUGGUAGUGGCUGGCCAACCUGUGACCUUACCAUGCUCCAUCCCUGGUUACCAUGGUGUUGUACUGUGGAUCAAAGAUGGCCUGGCGCUUGGGGUUGGCAGGGACCUCUCAGGCUAUCCCCGUUACACAGUGAUUGGCGACCACGGCUCAGGAGAACAUCAUUUGCGAAUCCAGCGCGUGGAGCUGAUGGACGAUGCUGUGUUUGAGUGCCAGGCUGUCCAGGCUGCCAUGAGGUCCCGGCCUGCCCGCCUCACUGUGCUCGUUCCGCCCGAGGACCCCAUCAUCAGCGGUGGGCCCGUGGUGAGCCUGAGAGCGGGCGAUCCGCUCAAUCUGACCUGCCACGCUGACAACGCCAAGCCAGCGGCCUCAAUCAUCUGGAUCCGCAACGGUGAGGUCCUAAAUGGGGCCAUGUACUCCAAGGUAAGCCUAGAGACGUUGCUCCGGGACGGGAGGAGAGAAACCACCGUGAGCACUCUUUACCUGUCGCCCUCAAACAUUGAGACAGGCCAACAGAUCAUCUGUAAGGCCUCAAACAAGGCUGUCCCCAACGGCAAGGAGAGCAGUGUCACCAUCGACAUCCAGCAUCUCCCGCUUGUCAACCUCUCAGUGGAGCCUCAGCCGGUUCUGGAGGGCAACCUGGUGAGAUUCCACUGCUCUGCAAAGGCUAAUCCUCCUGUUACACUGUACAGGUGGGCCAAAGGGGGAAGUAUCAUAAAGGAGGUCUCCGGAGACACGUACGAGGUGAUUGUGGACCACUCCUUCUUCACUGAGCCCGUUUCCUGUGAGGUUACCAACCAACUGGGCAGCACUAACGUCAGCCGCAAUGUUGAUGUCUACUUCGGACCUCGCAUGGCUGCGGAGCCUCAGUCCUUGCAGGUGGACCUCGGUUCGGAUGCUGUUUUCAACUGUGCCUGGACUGGAAAUCCCUCUUUGACCAUAGUGUGGAUGAAGAGGGGUUCUGGAGUGGUUCUUAGCAACGAGAACCUUCUUACGCUGAAAUCCGUGCGGCAGGAGGAUGCUGGGAAAUAUGUAUGCCGAGCCGUGGUCCCGAGAGUCGGCGCCGGGGAGAAAGAAGUUUCCCUGACUGUCAACGGGCCACCCACCAUCUCCAGCACUCAGACACAACAGGCCUUGCACGGCGAGAAAGGACAAAUCAAAUGUUUUAUCCGAAGCACGCCUCCCCCAGAUCGCAUUGCCUGGUCCUGGAAAGAGACCGUGUUGGAGUCCGGUACGUCCGGUCGCUACACGGUUGAGACGGUCACCACGGAGGAAGGUGUCAUCUCCACGCUGACCAUGAGUAACAUCGUGCCAGCUGACUUCCAGACCAUUUAUAACUGCACGGCGUGGAACAGCUUUGGCUCCGACACCGAGAUCAUACGCCUUAAGGAACAAGGUGGGAGCCAAGAAUCCCUCCCUGUGGCGGUGAUCAUUGUCAUUGCCGUGGGAGCUUUUGUCGCCCUCAUCGUUCUCAUGGGCACCAUCGGAGCAUUCUGUUGUACCCGCUCACAGAGAAAGGAAGCGCACCUGGUUAUGCCCUCACUGCCCGUCUCCAUCUGUGCUCACCAGAGAGAACUUGCAAGCAAAAUUAAAACAGAAAAUCUGAAAGGAGUGGUGUCUGCGAAAAACGACAUCCGGGUGGAGAUUGUGCACAAAGACCAUAACGCCGCCAGGGAAAAUGAGGAGCAUGCUUCCAUGAAACAGCUGAUGGUGAGUGUGGAUCGUGGGGAGUUCCAGCAGGAAUCUGCUCUGAAGCAGCUGGAGGUUUUGCAAGAGGAGGAGAAGGAGUACCAGCACAUUAAGGACCCCACAAAUGGCUACUACAGCGUCAACACCUUCAAUGAGCACCCGACACCAACCAUGGCAGGGACCCAGUCCACUGAUGGAAGAAAUCCAACCAAUACAGGCACCCUGGGCAAGCAGCGAGUACCGACAGGCAUGUCCUUCACCAACAUCUACUCCACCCUGGGAGCAGGUCCCAAUCGCCUGUAUGACUACAGCCAACGCUUUGUGCUGGGCAUGGGCAGCAGCUCCAUCGAGCUAUGCGAGCGGGAGUUCCAGCGUGGCUCAAUAAGCGAUUCCAGCUCAUUUAUUGACACGCAGUGCGACAGCAGCGUCAGCAGCUACAGCAAGCCGGACGGCUAUGUGCAGUUCGACAAGGACAGCAAGGCGUCGGCCUCCUCAUCCUCCCACUACUCGCAGUCAUCGUCGCAGAACUCAGACCUAACCCGGCCCCUCCAGAAGCGUAUGCAGACCCAUGUCUGACAGCCGGGAUGGGAAGGAUGGUGUAACCAGAACCAGUCUUGGGUUUGAACUUCUGCAGGUGCAGGAGGUUGGUUUGCGAAUGACUUCAUCAGACUUCUCAAUGUCCUCAAAUGUGGAUCAAGAAGCCUUAUAUUCUCCUUUUGCUUAAUCCAUCACCCAAAUCCUGGUUCUACCCCUGUGAUCUUGAGUAGUGCCACAAUUUGCAUCGAAAUUUGCCAACAAAGACUUGGGACGACAGCGACACAGCAAGGCUCCAGGAUUUUUUUUUUUUUUUUUAAUUGCAAUGGAGGACAACCACACAAAAAGUGCAAUCCAGUUCCCCUCUACUCUUUCAUGUCGCGUCAAGCACAACGACUGAACAUCCACAAGGUUUUUAGGGAGUCCACAACUCACCACCAUACCACUACCCCUCCUUUCUUUCAUACUCUGCUCAUACUGUAGCUCAGUUGUCUCUUUGCGUAGGUGGAGGAAAACUGGCCUCUCUCCACUUGCCCACAGACAUGUUUAAGAGGAACAGCUGUACUGUAUGUGGGCCACAAAGCGGAGAAGAUAAAGAAGGGCUGAGACCACAAUUUCAAUCCCAACUUUUACGUUCUGAUAAAACACUAUCAGUGUACAUAUUGUAUAAGGCUGUAAAUUAUUUUCUGACAAGUUAUGGAGGAGUCUUAAACGAGCCGUUGUAAACCCCCCCCCCCCCCCCCCCCCCCAAAAAAAAAAAGUUGGCCUUGAGGAACUGUUUGGGUUGAGUAAGCAGGCGUACUCCUUAUCAGCUGCAGCCUGGUCCAACUAACUGGUCCAACAUCAUACAUGUUGAAUGAUAUGUAAACAUACCGUCAUGCUGAUUCUUACUUUGUGGUUAUUGCAGUGCGUAGUGAGUGUUACUGAUGAAACUGGAGUUGAGUACGACCUUACAGAUUGUCUUGAAUAUAGCUGUUGGAUUUUGGGCUGCGGAUUUAUGCUAAUGAUGUCUUUUUUUUUUCAUCUGCACCAUAGAAAUUAUGAAUUUUGUUUUUCCAAAUGUUAUUUGUUUUAAAUUAAGUAGACUCAAAAAUAUCUGACCAUGAAUUACCUAAAAAUAUUACAAUAAAUUACUGAAUACAAAUAAAUAUUAGAUAUGAUAAUAUUUGAAAAUGUGUAUUGUUUUUAGCUUUUUCUUAUGAUGUACUUUAAAGAAUAUCAUGAAUUACUUGAAAAAUAUAUUGUAAAUUACCAAAUAAUGAAAACAAAAUUGUGCUUUCAAUUAAAAAAAAAAACGCAAAAAUUCAAUAUUGUUAAAUUACAAUUUUCCAGAAAAAAUAAAAUUAUGAAUUCAUUAGGUUAAUAGGUCAAUAUAUAUAUAUAUUUAAUAUGUGUACAAAAAUAUUUCCCUAUGAUUUAUUUUUAAAAAAGUAGUACAAAUUACAUAAGGAGAAAAUGAAUGAAGAAUUAUUUUUUUUAAGCUGCAAAAAUUGUAGAAGAUUUGACUAAUAAAUACGGUUAAGUACAUUGAAUCAUUUUUAUGAUUUAUCUUACAUUAAUAGGUUAAAAUGUACUUUUAUAUCGGUAUGCAAAAAUAAUGUGAAUGAAUUUCAGUCAGUUUCACUGGAAAGGUUUUCAUAUCAAAUACGGAUUUGAAUAGAUAUUCGUACAUUUAUGGGUCAACAAGUUUUCAUUCUGAUUCAAUGUUUUGAGAUGCUGACGUCCCAUCUGAGCAUGUUGUAAUGUGGUAUACUUUAUGCAGGAUCUUGUGAGGCAAAGGGAGGCAAAAUUUCCAAAAUUCUGAAUUCUGUGUGUAUGCAUUGGAAACAUAAUGUGAUGCUACUGUCAUAGCUGCUCAUGCAUUGAUUUGACUUGGUUUUGCUCUGUUUACAUUACAUUUUGUUCAUUUCGUUAAGAGUAAAGACCGACUAGACACAUAAGCGCUCAUUACCCGUGUUUCAAAGUGAAGUGUUGUCAUCGCGCUUUGUGUUAUUGUGAUAAUGAACUGCGACUUUUGGGUUUGUACGAUAAGCAACACUGGGAAAAGCAUAGCUAAAAAUCAAGCGGCCUGGAUGAUGCUGUCUUUUUUUGUUUUUUUAUUUGAACAUGUGAUCAUGAUUGUUUUUUUUUAUAUUUGCUGCAAUCCAGGAACCGUUUAUUCCAAUCAAUUCCAUGAGCGUUAACUUUGUUGCUUGCAAGUAUAUCGCUCUAUAGAUUGCUCACAGUUUCACGAAUGAUGAAAAUAAUGACUCAUUUUUAGGGGGCAACGGCUGUGUUGUGAAAACUGUCAUAUCCAGCCUUUAAAAGCAAGUCAUUGAAAGCACUUUACAAAGGAUUAUUAUAUCCAAGGCGCACUGCUGGGUGAGACUCUAAUUUUACAAAUGGAUUGGUACCCAUUGUACAGUUUAAGGCAACACUGAUAAUCCAGCUUGGCACUUAGCAGACUGUAUAUAACUCCUUGAAAUGCUGUCUUUUUCUGUAUAUAGUCCCCCCGCCCCACUCCUGUGUUUCUUUCUUUCUUUCUUUCUUUCUUUCUUUCUCACUCAUCAGAUUUGACUAUUAAAGCUCAGCAAAUCCUUGUGACAUCCAAACUGUACAGACAAUCAUUAUCUCCUUACAUGAAACCCAUCAAGUCUGCUUGUUUCUCUCACACGUGUGCAUGAAAAGAAGUGAGCGGUUUCUCUAUCGGUGUGACGGAGACUAUUUUGCAGUAAAACACACAGGAGGCUGGUAGAAAUGAGAAGCAGAGAGCUUAGCCGGGACAGCUUUGAAGUGAAAUGAAGUAUAAGGUUAUUGGUAUUAUAACUGCAAUCUAUAACUUCAGCUCUUUCAGAGAUGCCUGCCGCUCUUUUAUUCCCGCGCUAUAAUGACUUUUUGAGCAGUCGCUGUGUGGAAUCUCUACCUUGCACUGGUCAAUAUAUUGGCAGCAUAUACGUAUUUCCACUUAUAAAAUGAGUAUGUGUCUCGAAAAAAAUCUGCUGUGGUGACUUCGUAAGGAAAAAGCCGAAAGAAACAAACAAAACAAACAAAAAACACAGCCAUAGUCCAGCUUUAUUUCUUACAUUUAAUAAAUCUGUGAUGCUACUCUUCUAGUUCAUUUUCCCCCAGAGCCCAGUGUCAUGAGGCUAUAAAAGGAGUAUUUGAGCUACAAAAAGUUAAUUAAUUAGUUCAAAAUAUUAAAAUUUUUUAAAAAGUACACAGAAAACAAGUAAUUUGACAGAAACUACUGUAUAACUACUUAUAGAUUGGUACCUAUUUUACACUAUGCUUCAUAUGCCAUACAUCAUAUAAACAUUAAUUUUCCCACCAGGGGCUCAAAAGAAUUACAGAGUACCAGAGUAACCAAAAAAUGUGAUUACAAAAAGUGUUAAAAACAAGCUGAAUCUUUAAACAAAUAUUUUUAUUUUAUGAUAAAAAAGUAAUUAUGGUAUGUGAUUUUUAAAAUAAUAAAUAAUAAUAAAAUAAAUAUAAAUAUAAUAAAAUAUAUUUGCCCUAUUAUUAUUUUAGUUGGAACAUCAUUCCCAUAAAAUAUGUUUGUCUCCAAACAUCAAAAUACUUUUCAAUCAUAACAUUUGAUUAUGAUAAAUGAAAGCAAAAAAGUACCCCCCACCCCCUUUCAAGGAAAAAAAAAUCCUAAAUUUAAUUGUACUUUUAUUUUAUGUUCAUGUGACCAAAUACUUCUUUAUACAAAGGAGUAUUAGGGCUACAUUGAGAAAAAAACUAAUCUGAGAGUUUAAGAAUAAAGUGGUAAAUUUACAAAAAUAAAGUCUUUUCUCUCACUCUGGCCCGAAUACUUUGCCAUACCUUUAUAAUCCAAACAAUUUUAUUAAAAAAUACAUUUUUCCAAACGGAAACACAUUCCCACAGGCUGUGCAAUGCAACUUCAAUCAGAAAUCAGAAGACAGCCAACAUAUUUCCCUCUAAAAACAACCUCUCUCUCUCUCUCAUCCAACCCUCUGUCCCAUCUCCAGCUGACACAGUGUCCCUGAAUGCACCCCGACCCGUGUCCCCGUUCACCUGUGAACGCCUGGCCGCCUGCUCACUGCCGCUCGCUGCGGCUGGUGGUUGUUGUUGUUUGUCUGGCAACGAGCGGCACACAGAUGCGAGGGCAUAACAGAUGAAUAAACACAAAGAGCCAGAACAAUUACAAGGGGGUGCUGCCCUUCCCUGAUAGGAGGUGGAGAAAAAAACAGCAAAGUGAUUUAUUAUUCAGAGAUGCCAAAGACUAGCCUGUGCUCCACUGCACACGACUGGAUGGGGACCUUUAGUGGGAGAGGCGGCGGGGGGGGGGACACCCCCUAUAUUUUGACACUAGCGCCUAAUGUCAGUGUUGAGAAUAUGCAGGACGUCAGUAACCUUAUUCACUAUAUUCCAUACUUGCUUAACAAAAUCCAUCGAGUGUGAACACUUCCACUCGUCAACAUGUCCGAAAAGACUCAUUGUAUAAUACUAAAUUCUAAAAUAAGAAACUGGAGCCUGUUACAAGUGCCAACUCUUCAAUGUGCUUUCUGAAUCUCCCUCAUUGACUUUAUUUUCUACAAGUCAGUAUGUUGUGUGUGUGUGUGUGUGUGUGUGUGUGUGUAUGUAUGUGUGUGUGUGUACCACUGUAAGUAGAAAAAUAUGGACUUGACCCAACAGCAUUUGAAGGUUUUUACGGAAUAUGCUUGAGGCCCAGUAGGAGCGGCUGCAGCGUACAAUGAACGAGUUAUUUGUAAUUCAAAUGAGAACAUGCCUUGACGGAACGUGUUUUUAUUUGCAAAACAAAAAGUGAGCCAGGUUUGAGAAAGUGAACAUGGAAGUGCAAUGUCAAUAUGUGAAUUCUUUUGGGCAAACUUAACAGUUUUUGUUUUGUUUUUUUUAAAUUGAGUGGGCCUACCUGCUGUAUCUAAAGAGAAAAAAUAAGGUUGUAUUUUAACUGUACUGGUCUGUGACUAUGAUGCUUUUGCUCUGUAUAUUUGGAGAAUA